ACAACUGUUAUGCACCGAUGCAGUGUUUUGAUAGCGUCUGAUUGUGGCUGCGAGAGCACAUUGACGACAGCUGUCACUAGGGAGAGUACAUCUCCAAAGCCUACGACGAUUUAUAGGAGGAUCAAUGUAGAUAGCAAUGCACAACUCAGCACUAAGUCUCCAGUAUUGUUGUUCGAGAUAGUGGAUGCUAGACGUAGGAAUAAAAAACACCGCGGUCACAAGACCGUCGAUUAUGAAAUAUGGAGCUGGGAUCAUUGGUGCUCCCUUCAGCCGCGAGUUGGAAAUUGCGACAAACGAAUACAAAGGUAUUACUAUGAUUGGAAGUUGGAAGAAUGUCUUAUAUUUACGUAUAGUGGUUGUGAUGGGAACAGGAACAAUUUUGCAACACAGUUGGAAUGCCAACGCCUCUGUUUAGGUGUAGAUUCUAUGAACAUGCCUGAUAUUAACCGACCUUCUGUUUGUUAUUUGCAACCGGAUACUGGGAGAUGCCUUGCGUAUCAGACUCAAUACUUCUUCGAUAUAAAUGCGAAAUCGUGUAGCAAAUUUGUGUAUGGAGGCUGCGGUGGCAAUGGGAAUCGUUUCUCGACUAUGUUCCAGUGUAUGAAGACUUGCAAGGGAGAGGAUGUUAACGCAUAAUAAAUUACGCAAUUUAGUCAUUGUUUUUGUAUUCUGAAAAAGUAUUAAGUAUUAAUUCGUUUGUAUGUUUUAUGGGAAAUAAAGAGUAUUUGAAAUA